ACACACACACACACGCACACACACACUGUGCAAAGCGUCUCAAAGCGAUUGAAGAAAACAAGCGUGUGUGCGUGUGAGACAGCGAGAGAGAGAGAGAGAGGCUGAGAGCUUAUAUAAACGCUGCUUUGGGAAGCUAGAAAGCUGCAGGAGGGACAUUUUACGGGAAUAUCACCCACGACGACCAUAAAUUGACGACGUCAUCGCUCCUGUCCUGUGUGUAUGUCGGCCAUCGAAGGAUCAUCCUGGAGUUGGUGACCACAGACUUGGAUAUUAAAUCCCUCUCUGCUGUGACGCAUCCAUUGUUCCACCAGCACUGUUGGACUCUGUGCCAGCGAAGGAGCGAAACUAAAUGUCUGCGACAUUGCCAAAAGCUACACUUCCUGCCAAGUUAAUGAAGUUGUAAGUAGGUUACCAGAGCUGUCAUUCUCACACCUAAUCCAUGAAAUGGCCCUCCUCUUGGAUGAGAGACUGUAACUGGAGCGGGUAUGGUGUUGGUGCUCUCCAGGCUGCACUGCCCCUUGAAGCGGGCUCAGAUGCUCCUGCUGUGCCUGGGCAUUGCCUACCUUAUGGCAGGUAGCAUCCUGCUCAUGCAGCGCUCCAACAUCAGAGUAGCCCAGCCAAGCUUCCCUGUGCUUCCUCCCUUACUGGCACUCGCAGCACCUCCGACUACCCUGUGGACUACAGGUUUGGGUGUGAGGGCACGCUCCAGAUGGGCGGCUGUGCAGUCUGCAUCUGGUGGGAGCGCCAAGGUGGGGCAACAAUGGCCGACUUCCCGGAGUCUGGGAGUCCAACACCUGCAUCGCCACUGGUUUCAUAGUAUAUUACCAGACAGUCCAGAGGAUGGAAGUCCUGUCCACAAAAAAAGCAACCAGCAAGGAACCUACAUCGGUUGCUUCCUGCACAACGCCAGCAAGCGAGCCCUCGGAGGAAUUAUGCUUUAUGACCUACGGAAAAUGACCAGCUCUCUGUGUCAAGACACCUGCUCAGAAAGUGGCUACCAGUUUGCAGGGUUGGAGUAUGGAGCGGAAUGCCACUGUGGGAACAGGAUCAAUAGCCCGCAGGCCCCCGAGGAGGAUUGUAGUCUGGCGUGCCGAGGGGAGAGGGGAUCUCCCUGUGGAGGUGUGGGACGUCUCUCCAUUUACAAGGUGCAGGAGCAGUUGCCGGGUCACCGAAAAUUCAGAAACGUUCACCAGCGAGGCUGCUUCAAGUUGAUGAACGACACGAUCAACACCUUCCCCGUUCAUUCACUUCAACCCAACCUUACAACCCAGUCCUGCAUCGAGACAUGCACAGACAAGGAGCUCCCACUGGCUGUGUUCAAGAAGCCCCACUGCUUCUGUACUUGGACGUCCUCUCUGUUCAGUCUCCACCAGCAGUCUAGACAACAAUGUGUAGGAAACACCGGUCCGAACUCCACCAGGAACUCCAUACCUACAGGGACCCCUGAGCAGGACUACUAUCAGGUGUACCACACACCUGUCCUUGACUCCAGGUGCAAGGAGAGAAUGUUUCUACCUCAAAAAUCGAGCUCUCUGGUGGCUCUUUCCAGUUUUCCUGGUGCAGGGAACACUUGGGUCCGGCACUUGAUUGAGCUCAUGACGGGCUACUACACUGGAAGCUUCUACUUUGACGGCACCUUGUACAGCCGAGGUUUUAAAGGAGAGAAAGACUUCUGGAGGAAUGGCCGCAGCAUUUGCGUGAAGACCCAUGAGAGCGGGAAAAGAGAGAUCGAGAUGUACGACUCCGCCAUCCUGCUCAUCCGGAACCCUUAUCGAUCCCUUAUGGCGGAAUUCAACCGCAAGUGCGCCGGACAUUUGGGACAUGCAACAGAUGCUCAGUGGAAAAGCAAAGAAUGGCCAGAAUUUGUCUCAAGCUAUGCCCCCUGGUGGGCAUCCCAUGCAUUGAGCUGGCUGAAGUUUGGACGCCACCUCCUGGUGGUGCAUUAUGAGGAGCUGCAAAGGGCUCUCCUCCCUCAGCUCCGCCUCAUCACGGCCUUCCUAAAUGUCACUCCCACUGAGGAGCGGCUGAUCUGUGCCCAGAACAAUCAAGAUGGUUACUUCAAGCGCCCAGGGACCCAGCAGCCGUCCUUUGACCCUUUCACCCCUCACAUGAGGCAAAUGAUUGACUCCUUCAUCCAUACUGUUGACCAGGCUCUACAGAGCAGGAACUUUAGCGGACUUCCUGGAGAAUACCUCCCCAGAUGAUGUCAUGGAACAUUGCAGCUUCGAAAAAGUCGCGGUGGCGUCCCACGGUGAAGGAGAACAAAGCAUCGGUGCGGGACUACAGCGACCGUGAUGAAUACGAGGGAAGGAUUUGACAUAACGUGUGUGCAGCAGAGUCAGGAUUAUCGAGCAAAGCUCAAAACUUGAAUUUGUAAAUCCAGGGCAGAAAAGAGGGGUUUCUCUGCAUGUUUUUAAUGUUUUCUUUCAGUGUGCACCCACAUUAACAACAAGCUGCCAUGCUAACGGACCGAAGCCACAAAGGGCAGAUUAUACAGCUGUUGUGCAAACCUGCUGAUAAAAGCCUCAAGGUUGCUACCGAAUGCUGCACUCUUAAUGCAAUCAUUGGACUGAACUCCCUCUUUCAAGUGUACAUUUAUUUCAUUAAACACUUUGACAUUGAGAUUGUUACACUGACAUGAAGAAAAGUCACAACGGUUUGGUCCACGUCAUUUUCUUGGAUAAAGUUCAAAACUGAAAGUGACGGCGUUUGAGUUGAGAGGAGGAUUUUUAGCAUGACGAUCGAAAACAUACAGUGGGGACAAGCAGGGCCCAUCCAAUUGUACCCCACAGCCGUUGACGUCUGGUGAGGUUCAUGGCUGGUGAGGCACUGACUCCAGGAAAAGCUCUGAUACUUUGUUGUAAAAGUCUGAUCACCUCAUGGUGGGUUUGGAUAUAUAAUCCUGCUGCUCUCCAGCUGGUGCCGAUGCUGUCAAAAACAACAAACAAACAGCAUUUUCCUCUCUGUGGAAGCAUGGCAGUGACGAGCACCUUCCAGCUCACGCAUGCCCCCGUCCCUUCAGGAUGAGGAUAAUACUGCAAGUGCCUCCCGUAUGACAUUUCUGUGUAUUUUAUAGUCCGAUGAGCGAGAACAAUGAUGUCACACUUACAUUAAAGACAUUAGACGGGUCGUAGAAAGUCAUAAAUGUUUGUAUUAUUGGCAAGAGGCGCCAUGAUCCAACCCACACUCACUGAGUGCACUUAGACAGUAGGCAGGGAUUGCAUACUAAACCAGGAAGAGACGCUAAUCGAGAUAUUAGCUUAGAUUACAUUAUUUUAACACAGCAUGUAGUCAUGUCCAACAUGGUAAAGUGAAACAAUUCUGCUCCCAUUCCAUGUGGAAGUGGUAAGUCUUUGGCUUCUUACUUUGUCCUUCUUCCCCACUCUGUUUGAAACCGUGGUUCUGGAACCAAUUAACCACGCUAAACGAAGGAUUACUGUGCUCCAUAGUUGUGUUCGGGGUGAAUCUGCUCUCUUCUCCUCUUGGCCGACAUGCUUGGAUUUCCCAGGACCAAUUCCACCUUUCAGUUUUGUUGAGUAUUCAAAAUAAAGCAUUUUAAAAGCAGCAACCUGUAAAGUGCUGACGACAUUUUCUUGGCGAGUAGACCCUUGCUUCAGGAAUGGUAGUGGUUAGCAUAUGAAUAGCGUAUCCAUUCAGUCAAGAAAUGACUUCAAUAGCGACUCAGUUUGUACCGUUGAUUGUUACGUUCUGUGUUAGCAUUUUGCUUUUCAUUUUGUGUCGGUUCCUCUGCCGGUGUUUGUUUGUUUGUGUCUCCUGCUCACAGAUUCCCUUACUGCAACAGGAAAAUGCUGGGUGAUAAUUCACGACUGCGAGAGCGGCCUCCAGUAUAUUUUUGUCUAUGCUUAAGUAUAUUCGGGUGUCAAAACUUUUUCCACCGAAGGCCACAGUGAAAAAUGAAAGAAUGCAAGGUCCACUUGCAACACGUGUACAUAUAAGAAGUUAAGAAGUUACGAUAUUGAAUACACUUAUGCCGAUAGAGUCUGUAACCAUUUAACGGCGACGACUAAACGACUGUAUAACUGUAUAACGACUGUAUAAGGGACGACUGUAUAACUAACAUAUUUAAAGCUAAAUAACAUUGCUCAGAUACAAUUAAAUAAACUGUGGUUUACAUUCAGCGUCGUCCUCAUACGACCUCAUAUUUAUACUGAAUUUGUAGCGGGCUCGUGCUGGUACAUGAAUGUAGUUCAUUAGCAGUGAGAAUCCCGCUUGUGUAAACAGUCUCGAGCGACCUCGAAGGAAGGAAGCACAUGUAAAUGUGUUUGUAAAAAAAUGCAAAAAUAAGCAGCCGUAUACAUUGAAAGAGCCAGUUCUGGGGGGAAAAACACGUUCAUCUGCUGAAGUAGACGCACUUAUGGGCUUAUUUUAAUUCUCUCAAACAGGUGUCUGAUUCACAGACGCUUGAUAAUUUCACACUAAGCUUCUUUGGCAAAGCAUUAACAGGAGGCCUCCGAGUCGAGUAUCUGUCAUAAAGACUGAAAGGAGUGACAAGAGAGAACUCGAGAAGACGGGAACGCUGCAUGAUGGUCACGUAAAGUGAGCUUUUUCUUGCCUCUUCUUAUAAAUAAUCAGCGGUACAAGCAGUGAAAUGUGUCCAUAUUGUUCCCCAAAGGAUCAUGUCUCAGCAUAGACAUAAAGACUGGGACUGGUUCCAAAACGUAAAACGUAAAACACAUGCUACGUAAGUGAUGGCCUGAAACAUUUAAGUAUGACAAACAUGAAAAAAAAACUUUUCACACCACUGUCCACGGAGAUAAACAGCGUCACUCUGUGGUAAAAUCUGGUAUGACAAGUCACAGUGCCUUUCUAGGCAUUCAUUUGUGAAUAACACGUGCUAGAUGUACAAAAAAAUGCAUAUAUGACGUAGGUGAAAUGGAAAUUACAUUCUUGAGGUAUAGUGAUGAUAAAAGUGACUCUUAGAUCACGUUUGGCGUUUAAUUAAUUGAUGAUUUCAUCCUGGGUAUUGAAAAACGACAGGACACAAAAACCUGACAGGAAUGUCACGGUUUUAUUGCUUAAUUGCAUCGCACGGGAAGUCAUGAUUGAUGCACACACUUUCUGCUCCGCAGAUAAUCCUGACAAAACAAGAACUUUGGAGAUCCAGUAAUAAUUCAUACUUUUUGUGUCCACCACCGUCACGCUUGUGAAUUUGCGUGGGAAGCACCUUGAGCGCUGUGAAACACACACGUGAACAAGAUGGCCGCAGUGCUCCGUCGUGGAAGUAGAUGCGAGCCCCCCAUUUGCUCCAAAUCAAACCAAAAUAAUCACAUUUGCUCGUGCGACAUUUGUACUGUUUUGUGCAAUUAAAAUGACCGUUUGUGCUGUCAUACUUUUUCAGUUAUUCAAGAUUUAAGUGUCUAACGAUUACAUAAUCAGCUGAUGAUGUCAUCGGCCCCUCGACAUGCUCAGAAUAAAACCAAAAUAGUCUCAUUCC